AUGGUUACCUACAAGGCCGCUAUUGUUAACGGUAAUUUUAAAAAUGGAAUUAAAGAUUUUGCUGUACAAAUAAUGGAGGCUUCGAAACAGCACGCCGAUGUAGUUUUAUUAUCAUCGGAGGUUUCCGGAUUAGAAUCAUGCCCCCACGUAGCCUGCGCUUCUGAUAAUUAUGACGAGCUUGUAAGGGAUGCGUCACACAUGGCAAAGAAAUUCGACUUGUACAUCGUGAUGCAUUUGUAUGAGAAAAUGCGGUGCAAAAGCAGCGAAGAGCUGAUUAGAAGCAACUUGGUGUUUGACAGGAAAGGGGCAGUUGUGGCAAAUUACAGAAAACCACUAAACAUUCAAGCAUUAUGUAAUGCAACUUCAACAAAGAUGGCAAGUUUUACCACGGACUUUGACGUGAACUUCCUCAUCCUUAUGAAUGAAGAUAUCGUGCUUCAAGACCUUACGAGCUUCAAGAAUAUGAACUUCAUAGUUACAGGUGGAUCUACUGCGGAUAUGAUGUAUUUGAGAGGAAAUCAAUUGAUCCCAUCCUGGGCCUACAUGUCCAACGCCAAUGUGAUCUCAGACAGUGGGAUCUUCGCGGGACGAACUGGUUUCAAGACGGGGCUGGUGAUCGAACUUAAUAAGAUUGGGCAAGAUAAAUCAGAAAGGUUAUCUCUAAAUCCAGUCGAUUUACGGGACCUCCCAGCGGAAGAUUUGAGCCAGCACAUCAUCAGACCUUUAGAUUUAGAAGCUAGCUUCCAAGGUUAUAAAGAAGUCGUGUGCCACGGGAAUUUAUGCUGCGAGUUUUAUGUGAAGACAAGAGAAAUUGAUGCAAAAGCGAGGGAUGCACACUACGGCCUGGCUGUUUUCGACGGAACUCGACAAAUGGGCGCGCAUUACAUCGGGGCUCAAUCGUGUAAGAUUUUAGCGUGUGCGGCCCUUUAUAAGCGCACUUGUAAUCCUAGUCCAGAAAAUAGCAUCAACGUUACAUUCGAAAAGCUGUCAGUUAGAGGAAACUUUACAAGACAUUCAGCGCAGUUUCCUGUGAUUUUAACAACUGAAACAUCAAUACCAACUGACAGUGUCGUAUUUGACACGAAGACUGUCAACGAUAUUCAAAAAGUUGCAGUGGAGUUGUCAGAUGCAAAAAAUAUACUAAAGUUUGGUAUUUUUGGGCGUGAUUUUUCUAAAGAUUUUUAUGAAGAUUUCAGUAUGAAUUCGAACAAUACGGACAUCAAAUCACAAGAAAUCAGUGAUUUUUACGAAUACAUAUUUAACGAAGAUUUCAUAGAAUUCUUUGAUUAUCUGUGGAUUAGAAUUAGAGUGGUCAUUUUCAUUAUGUCUAUUUAUAUUUUAGAGAUGAUGUAA